UUUCAGAUAUAAUGUUAGAAAGAUAGAGAUAACAAGAGAGUUAAAAUGGAUCAGCUGAUUCUAAAUUUGGGUAACAUUGACAACAUAGGUGGACUUGAUGGAGAUGUUUGUCAAGCUGAGAAGGAAGGUGAAGUUCAGGAUAAUACUGACGGACUACUGGACAGAUCUAAUCAAUUAUCCAGAGAUGUAGAUGAGGUGCUAAGUGAAGCCUUAGAGUCGAGUAUAGAACAACAAGAACAUGAUACUAUCUCAUCGGUGGAGUCCAAACUUAUCAGGUGCCAGGAAAGGCAGUUAGCUCUAGAAUCCAGGUUUAGAAGAAUGCAGGAGAGAAUAUCCAAACUACGAGCUAUCAGGGUCGGUCAGCACGCUGCUGAGCAGAUACAGCUGGGUGUGGUAAGCUGUGAGAAAAGAUUAUCUUGUCAACGUGGAGUUGUAAAUGAAAGACCUAGGACUGAACCUGCAGUCCAAGACCUACAGGGUAAAGAGACUGUAAAACGAAGACUGAAAGACGGCGAGCCAAAAAUUCGGCGGCCGAAGAUAAGAAAAUAUAACAAGAAGAAGGCGGAUGAAACCUUCGGUCAACUUUACGGACAUUUACGACAUGUUCAACGCUUUCUAGACCCUGAAGCUACUGAGUCUAGUAGUGGAGGAGAUAGUGCAGAUGAGGAUGAAAAGUAUACCCCAGGAGCAGUACUGUACGCUCCUAUCAAGGAGAGAGCUAAAUAUAGAUAUCUCAAGAAGAGAUGCUUGUACGCCUCCCAGUGGGGUUGGCUGCUUUGUCAGAUUUCUGAUUUAGAGUUCAGAAUUCGACAACAGAACGAGAUGUACAGGGUAUAUCGUGACGGAAAGGGCGCAGUAACACUAGAUGAUUCAGGGGCAACUCAAUCCUCUCAUCAUGGAAGGAAGUUUACAGGGGCCACUCAAGGUUCAGAUGGAAUUAUGAGGCGACCGGUUGAGUUUGAUUAUAAUUCUGAAGAGAACUCUGAGGAUGAGCUGACCCAAACCUGUUCAAGGGUCAGACCUAUCAACAG